AUGUUCGCUCGAUACAAGCUCCUAUCGUCAAGUGACCGUGCUUCGGAACAUGGCCCGGAUUCUCACUCUACGCAAAGACGACACUACCCAACGAUAGCACUUGCAGUGCUUACAAUCGCAAAUGUCUGUGUACUAGGCUUGUCUAUUGCCAUAUGGCGCACUGCGGGUGUGGCCGCUACGGUCACCCCGGAAGUUUCUUCUACACCUGCCAGCCUCGCUGUGCCCAACGCCCUCGAUCCACAACCCAGCGAGCUUGCUAGGGUAGAAUCCCUUCCCACAACGUUCGUUCCUUUCCAUUGGAAUACGCCAUGGGGUGCGCCCAACGCCUCGGAAGCUGACUCGCUGUGGGACAACAUCAACACUGCGCAUGGUCAUAUCGCAGUCGACCAUGAGUUCGCAGCAGAGAAUCACGUGAGUUACCUCGAACCAGGUCCCUGGAAAUGA